AUGGGGUUUGAAGGUUUACUGAAAUUUCCUUUGCUGAACAAAUUGAACUUGAAGUUUUCAGUGUGGUUACUGAGCAAAAUUGAUGAGAUUAGACGUAUGAUAAUUAUAGAUGAAAGUAGGCAGUACAAAAUGAGCCCUAAAGAUGUGAAAAACGUUUUCGGCAUCCCAUGCUCGGGAAGGAGGGUCCUAGAAAAGAUUUCUGAUGGCAAGCAGGGCAUAGUUUAUUUGAUUAGGAAGCGUUUAGGCAUGGAGAAGAAGGAUGGUCAUAGCCUCAAGGCUGCACAAAAAAUACUAGAGGCAGUUUUCUAUCUGGACAAUGCCGACCUUGGACCGAUGAACAUGGACCAUGGUAUUCUUCCAAGGAUAUCAGUAUUCAACAAUGAUAUACUGAAAAACAUGAUUCAGUCUGACACGAAAGUAAUGGGCGAAAGAUCUGAGGCUACAUUCGGCAAAUCGUUGCCAAGAAGCAGUGUUAACCGUACCACUGAUGGAGAAAUUUGGACCGCAGCCUACAAACUUGCAGAAGAUAUGAGGUUACCGAUAAUGUGCGGUGCUGGUAUUUACAGAGAGCUAAUGACCCAUAAUCAGCGCUGUGUUGAGAGGUUAAAUAAAAUAGUUGAGUAUGAGACAGUGCAGCUAAUUGGUAAGUUAGGAGCUAUAGGAAAACAAUGGAGGCAUGUAGAUAGCUCAACUAAAGAUGGAACUCUACACGACACUUACGAGCAAGAUAGGGAUGCAGGAAGAAACAGAAACACAUCAAACAACAGCGGCUCCUUGAGCACAAGAGACAGCAAGCAAAGAGACAUGCAUAAUGGCUCAGCAUUCAACAUCAGCGUAUUUAGCAGUAAGGGAACAGUUCAUCGGACCACAU